CUGCCUACUGUAUGCCUGAUCGAUAUUGCAUUCCUCUGCUUGACACAUCUACCACUGCAGCCCGCUGUGCCACUAUCGCCUCGACCGCAACACCCUACAGUCCAUCGUUCACGCAGCCCCGUUGCCGUCUGGUUUGAGAAGCCGGAGCUGCAUCAGCCUGACCUGCAUGCAUUGACUGCGCCUCGACAUAGGUACUCGCGCGCACACACUACAGACCCUCUGCCAUGUCAUCCUAGACUGCCAUCUGCCACGAACGACAGAUGCGAACGCGUGUAGAUAAUGUCCAACAACCAGACGCCGACCACGCCUGGUGGGCCUCUCUCCUUCAAGACAGUGCCGGGCAGACAUCGCACUCAGAAAUGGAACACGGCGCCCAAAAACACCUACGAUGGCGACGACUGGGGAGACUACGAUCCGUAUGAUGACUAUGGUGGUGGGCAGGAAGAGCCGGCCUCUACCCUGCCAGCGCAGUCUUCAGCGUUGCCUUCGCAGAGGCUGAGGAAACAGAGCUUCGAUCGAGGGGACGAUGGCGCUGCUUCACGUACGGUAUCGGCGCCAUUUCCAUCGUAUCCACAAGAUCCUGUGAGUGGAGGACGAGCGAGCAACGACUAUCCUCGCAGCAGAUCGAGGCCACGCGACUUCACCAAUCCCGAACAUGCUCCACCGCCGCUCCACUCACAACGUGGAGCUGCUCCAGCACCACCGGGAUCCUUUCCUCCGCGCAAGAGCAGCAUGGGUGGGAAUACGUAUGAGGCACAACAGGCGGCUGCAGAAGCAAGAGCCAUUGCCGAGAGUGUGACACACCCUGCUGUAAACACUGGUGCGGCUACAGCAGCCGAUGCUCAAACCGAUAAGGCAUUGCCCUUCAUCAGACCUAGUGACAUCUACAGGCGAGUCGAAGAAGAGAGGCGACGCGAAAGUGAGGAGAGCAGCAGGCCGAGUGUGGACGCCUUGGACAGGGCAAUCUCUGUGGAAAGACGGAACGACCUGACGCCGUUACAAGAGCAGCGAGAAAGUGUGCUGUAUCCGAAUACAUAUCAGCCAAACGUGACGGAGAAGUCUGGAAACGAACAGACACUCCAUAGUGUUCAGAGUGCCAGCAGCACCAUCUCAGGAACGAGAGAUGUGAGUCCCACACUACCGCUAGUGUCUCGAUUCUCAGGCUUCGGUGACGAGUUCUUGAACUUGACAAGUCCAACGGCCACAGGAGAUGUGGCAUUGCCCUCGAGAGCGUCACCUCCAGGUAUCAAUACUGCUGGCCUCACCGGCGCGGACACGGCCUCGAGCUCAAUUCAACCGACGCCAACCUCUACGCGUGCUCCGCCAGGAUCUGACCCUGCAGCAGAGAUCUUGGCCGAGAGACAACAGGUCGAUGGUCUUCAGCAUCAACCAUCUGUGGGCUUACGGUCGGCGGUGCACCAAGCAUUUGACAAGAACGACGCGUCACUCUCACGAGACAACUCAGGGUCUACGCCAAGCAUGGGAGUCGGGCGCAGUGACACCUCCUCCACUGCAGGUAUCAGUCCCAUCAUGAGUCGGGUGCCGUCUGCGGCGACUGCAGCAUUCAAUCAACGCCAACGCGACAUACAGGUGCCGCCAAUUACAGAGGAGCCCCUCAGUACGCCGACUGCAGCGCAACCUGUCGAUACUACAAGUCCCAAGACAACGCCCGCAGGUUUCGAGCCCGGCUAUCGACGAAGUCUGGAUCCUCCUUCCUCUGGCACGUCGCCCGCUCGUACGCCUGGACUGGAAACCGUUGAGUCUAGACGACUGAGCACGCCGCUGUCGGGCGUCAUUGCUGCUGAUGAUCCAGAGGUAGCUGAUCAGGGUGCCGAAGUGGUGCAGCCUGAUCUGCAACCAGCCGAGACUUCAGACAGUGAGGUUGCAGAAAUGGGCAGUGCCUCUGCAGUCAGCACAGCAAUUCCGAUUACAGGCAGGGGCAGAAGCAACACGGACUACAGUGUGAGGGAGGCUGAUAUUGCCAAUACGAUAAAUUCGUCCGCUGAAAAGGACCCUGGCUCACCCGAGCUUGCCGAAGCAGCACAAGAAAGCAAAGAUAGUCGAGAGACGUUCCUACGAACACACAACCUGCCUACCAGUAGUCCUGUACGAAGUGGAACUCCUACUCGAUCUGAUAGUCCCGCUAAGAGUCGUGUACGCGAAAUUGCCGAAAAAUAUCAAGGGAUCCAUGAUGACAGCCGCCGCAACUCUGCUGCCAGCAUAGGAUCAAGCAAAUCUGGCUGGAGCACGUUCACGGACGACGCCAACAAGCCCAAGCUGAAGAAGGCUGCCACAAACCAAAGUCUGCUUGCGCAAGAAGUCGCGCCCACUGGACAAGCUCCGCAAGGCCUGGGUGUUUCCAGACCCGACAUCAGCCGGGAGGAGAGCUUUCUACCAGAUGUUCCUGGAGGCUGGAUCAAUAGCGCAGCUCCCACGCCAUCUGUUGAGACCCCGCCCGAGGUUAGCGCUCGCGAUAUAUCGAGAGAUGAUGGACCUAUCGAUCUCACGCCAACAGCGCGGAAAAAAGUUGUUCAGCCCGAGACCAUCACUAGAUCUCCCAUUGAGACUGCCAAGGACAUAGGUAACCAACUAGGUGCAGCGCUCAUGGGUCAGUACGGUGUAGGCCAUGAAACUCGCGACUUUGCGUCAAAAGAAGCGCCGGCUUCAAUUGACCAGGCUGAAAUGCUACCGAGACGUGCGUAUGGAGAGGUCCCGGCGGCCCCCCCUCUGAUUCGACACGAAACUGAUAGCACCGAUGCGCCUACAUCUGUGGCAUCUUCCGCUGCGCCCACGCCACUGCCUAAGAAUGCUCCUGAGCCUUCCACGCCCACCAAUGCGCAUGGAAGCCUUGGUCCCGGCUACUUCAAUUCUGUUGCUCCACUACGGCUGAGAAGCCGCGAGGCAAGCCCCGAGCAUGCUACACCCCAGGCAGCCGCCCAAUAUCCCCAUCACGGGCCUGGUGACUCUGCCGAGGAUGACCGCAUCCGUGAAGAGAUUGUGCGAAGCUUGGACGCCGAUGAUGCUGUGCGCACGCAGGAUGCAUUGAAUGCACCGGACAACGAACGGCGAGUAGAACAUGGUGAAGCAGCAUUUCCUGCUGCCGCCGCCGGUGCUGUGGGUCUUGGUGCAGCAGCGGCAACUGUUGCAGCCGCUGCACACUCGAAGACGAGUCACACUAAGCCUGGUCUCUUGAACACGAGGUUCAGCUGGGAAAGCAAUGCCCUGCCAUCUCGAGAGCAACCAAUAAGUCCAGAGAUCAAACCCGAAGCUGCUUAUGAGCGCCCUAGAAGCAAACAGCUGCAUGUCAUGAAUCCCGAAGAUGGUGCGAACAGUCCUGAUACUCCUGCACUCGAGGAUAAACUUCCGGAACUGUCCGCCACAGCUGGGGGACCGCUUCUCGUGCCUGCGAUACAGAGACCGGAAGCAGCAGCAGCAGAAGGCGAGAUUGUCCGUUCAUUGUCACAGCGCGUGAAAAGCCCAGUCUCGCCAAUCACGAAAAGCCAGGAGCAUCUCGUUCCUGAGACGACAAAUGCACCCGGCAGUCCGUCACAAUCUCUGCACGACGUGGCUCCUUCGCCCGUGUCAGAUGGGAGCCUACGCGUGCCAUCCUACUACGCUGAUUCGAAUCAGGAGAUACCGAAUGCAGCUUCCAUAGCGCCGGGUACUUCGCCUACACUUGCUGCCACUUCACCUUCUCGUCCCAAGAGUUCUGGCCAAUCUCAGGUACAGAUCCCGGCUUUUCGCAACAUUCUGCAGAUCAAGGACGCAGAUGAACGCAUUAAGACGUACACCGAUACUCGCCGUACGUUUGCCGAUAUGAACACGGGACUUGGAGACUGGCUAGAAGCUAUGACUGCCCGUCACCCUGAUGUCCUAGAUGCGGCUGAGAUGGGCAAGCCACCGCCAUUGGAACCCAGUGUCUCUGCCAGCGGAACGAAUCAAUGGAAACGAGGGCAUCGUGCCGCUGCACCCAGUAUGAAUCUCACAGGACUGAAGAAUCGUUUCACAUCGGGUUCAAGUGCGCAAGGUAGUAACCAAGGACAGAAUGCUUCUAACGGAGGAGCUGCACCUAGCGGGUUGGCAAGUAGUGAUACCGCUGGUGGUAGUGGAGGAGUUGAUCUGGACCGAGUGCAACAGCAAAUGCAGCAAAAGGGCAAAGUGUUUAUGAAGAAUGCUGGUGUCUUAGGCAAUAAAGCUGGUGCUGGCGCAAAGGGACUGCUUGCCAAAGGUCGAUCACGAUUUGGUGGCAGCGUUCGUGGCAAAGGUGGAGAGGUUCCUGCCACUUCGACAGCAAAGUCCAUUUCUCCUUUCUCAAAGUUGAGAGCUGUUUCUUCGCGGACCUCCUCAGCCGUAGCCCCCCCGGCACAACCUGCUUCGCCCAGCACUAACAGACAACCAUCGACCGGAAUUGUAACCAAUCCCCACUUCCCAUCCGCAGGACCAGAAGUGGAAGAAACUGUUUUGCCUGAGAAAGAAGCAAUUGCAGAAUCAUCUUCAGUUCAAGUACAUAAGGACAAAGCCUCCAUCGAGGAUGACGCACGUGGGUGCGAUAUCGCCGAUGUGCAGCCGCGAAUAGUGGAAGGGGAACCGCAUGUCACUAUUGGUGCAGACGAGACUCCAGGUACAAAAGAUCGCACUACAACUAGUACAAAGGAUUCCUCUGGCCUCGAUGAACCGAGAGACGAGACCGAUCAACAUGCAUCACAAGCCGUCCCUGUUGCGACUGUUGUGACUGCUUUGGCGGCACAGAUCAGUGAUUUGGACAGUAAGAGUGAGGCUGUACGGGAACUUCAAGAAGCCGCACCAAUCGUGGCUGAGAGGAAUCUGCCCGAGCAGGACGCAGUUGAUGCUGGCAACCAUGAGCAGGCUUCUGUCAGUGCAGGCCCGAAAGAAACUUUCGAGAGCAUGCAUGUCUCUCCUACGGGCUUACAGAUCGAUAAUGCAGAUUCUGUAAUCAACAGUUCCGAACGCAAGCUCGAGGACAUUACAACGCCACCCGCAACGGGGCGCGACUCUCCGCCGUCAUCCACACUUCCUGGGAUCCCCAUCCCGCCAGGACAUGAUCGAAGCUUCUCCGAAGCUGCCAUCAUCCCACUGAACGGGUCGAUCCUGGCACCAGUCUCUGCCCCUAUCUCUGCCUCUCCUUUCGAGAAUCGACCAGAUCUCUCGCGAAAGACAUCCGCGGCGUCUUCAACUCUCGCAUUUCGAAGACGCGAAGGAAGUGCCACGCCUAGCUCGAGGUCCAGCAGACCACUUAGUGAUGUCUUCGAUCGUCUCCGCGGCUGGAGUCGCUCUCGGGCGGAGAGAAGUCAAAGUCGACCCGACAGCCUUGUCCUAUCACGUUCGAACCUAUUGAGUGAUGAAUGCUUACAGACAUCUGUUGGCGAUCAGUCUCAGACAGCUCGCGCGAUCAAAGGCGACAAAGUUAAGGAGGACGACAGGCAGAGUACAACACAGAAACCUCCGCACACCGCGGCAGGAGACUUUGCUUUGACAGACUUGAGUGAUGUGGCCGUCGAUUCAACAGGAACAAGCUCGUCCAAUCCUCCUCUGACGUCUCUUGGUCUCGCGCAGAGGACUGAAGCUUGGAACGAGCCCGACGCACAAAUUCCACCCAAAACCCCGGAAACUGAGCGUCAGAGUUUCAAUCACGGCAGGUUGGGCCUCCUUCCCUCACCUGCACCGACUGCUACAACGUUCAUAGAUGGCGAAAGUGGUCCAAGACGUGCAAGUACUGAGCAAGCUCGAAGAAGAUCUUCCGCGCUCGCCUACGGGUUGUGGAGAGUAGGCCUAGAGGAUCAGUACGCAGGCGGAGACAAGUUGGGCCCGGUGAAGAGCAGACCAGAAAGCGAAGAGCAACUGGCAAUGAAAGAUGGAGUUGCUGAAGCUCUGCCGACAGAUGCAGAAAGCACGAACGCGGCGCGUUCUCGAAAGGGGUCUCCUGCAAAGAGGCCGCAGCAACAACGCAAAGUUUCCGAUAUCACCACUCUGCCUUCGCAGCAACGACGAGCUUCGGAGAGUGUUUCACGUCCUUCAAGUAUCUAUGCCGGAAGUCCUCAGCUCGGAAACCUUUCGCAAUCCAAAGCUGAUAGCUUUGCGGCUCUGAUCACUAAUCGUAAUGAGAAUGGCAUGCUUGUCCCAGCGCACAGCAGGAACAUCAGUCAGGUUUCCGGGAUCACAGAUGCAGAGCUUGUAGAGGCGAGUCCGGUUACGAUCCGAGCUGCUGAGCCGACUCUGUUGCAGCAUGAGACCACCCCAGAGAGUCAAUUGAGAUGGGAGCAUGCAAUUGCCGAACAAGAGGCCGAGAUUGAGAGGUUGAAAGGCGGGCACUCGCCCCUCCAGGACGGAGCGCUGGAUCCUGUUCAGGCUGCUCCUGCUCAAGUCCGCAGAACUGGAGGGGCUUUUGCAUCCAUCAUUGCGUCCGCUACUGCUAGGAAGGAGAGGCAGAAACAUGUCGAAGCCCAGCCCAAUCCUUAUGUACUGUCUGACCCCGGCAAGGCAGCUCACGGGAACGGUCUUGAAUCACUGCGGCGUCUGAGCUCGGGAGAGAAUUGGGAUGAUGCGAGGAGUGAAGUCUCAGCCGAAGAAGGUGCCCAAAACGACCGCUUCCAUCGAAGCACUCAUCUGAGCGAAAGCAGGAGGUCCAGCGUCAGCAGUAUCGGUAUCAAUGCCAUGGCGCCACCCACAGGUCUGAGAACGAGUUCUGGACAGCAUGGUGUCGAUCUCGCAGCUGUCAACGCCGCUGGAUCCGUGACGAUGUCACGAUCGGAAUCACCAAAAUCGCAAAUCUUGCAAAACUCUUCGGCUGUUGCUGAGGAUCUGCCAGCGAGCCCGGACACAGUUAGGGCGCCAGCGGACCAGACAGAUUCAUCCACAAGGCCCAUGCCAUCGCAAUCUGUGGGAUCCGGACCGAUUAGUACUUCGACGAAUCCACUGCAAACCUCGCCGAAUGCAGGCACAGAGGCCAGACCGCAGCUUGCGCAUGCCCGAACGGUUUCACAAGGCCUUUUGCCUGGUAUGCAAUCCCCUGCCAAGGGCACGAGCGACUUCCAGAAGAGAUUCUCGCAGAGGUUCUAUGCUCGGCGACGUGAUAUGGGCGAGCGACCAUUGUCUUAUAUGGCUCUUCCUAGAGACGAGGGUGGCUACGUGAAAGAAGAGAUCAAUACAAACGCUACAGAUCCAUCCGCAAGUCAAGAAGUUGUAGGACUGGCAUCAGACUCUACAGCUCUGGAUUCUGCCCGGGGCUCACCCAUGGCUGUCCACGACACGCCACCCGCUGCUGAUAUCAGUGCUUUGAGUGGACCGCCUGUUGGUGCGCCUCUAUUUCAGCAACAUCCUCUUUUUAGAAACAGUGUGGUCGACGUGCAGCCUACUCAGUAUGAGAAGAUGCGAAGCACUUCGCGCCAAGGGGGUGUUUUGACUAGUCCUGGACUUACGGACGGAGGAGAUGGUCCUAAUAAUGGACCAGGCUACUUCCGUGAUGCUCAACCACUGACGACCAACAUCCCUGGCAGAGAUGUUAUAUCGGACAAUCACGGACUCGAGGAUGUUCAUGACUGGGGCCAGACAGUGACCACACCGCACGACGAAGGUUCUGGCAGCAUGCCGCAAGAAGACCAAAAGCAUGCGAAGCGAAAGAGUGGCAUGUGGAAUGCUUUCUCGAACAGGCGCGCGCCAGAUGGUGCAAAUCUGGAUAUUGUUGAGUCUGUUGCACCACUUGCCAGUCUGGAGAAUGCUGAAUCUGCGAAUGCGAACGUCACAGCUGGCGAGCCUGAACGCACAGAUACCGUUCGGAGAGGCAAGAAAACCUUGACCAAGCCUCAGCGGAUGAAUUCGAAUGCUGUGAAGUUGUCCGAGAUAGAACCCAAGAAGAAGCGUUUCUCAGGCUUGAAAUCCUUGCUCGGAAGAUCGUCUACCAGUGCUGGUGACGGAGGGUCGAGUUCACAAAGUAGAGAAGUGAAGACUAAGAAGUUGAGUAAGAUGGCACCUGCGGCGCCUACUCCACCACGAAAUUAUCAGCCUGGCAAUUCAGCCACGGUGAAGGGAAGCAUAAGCACUUAUGAGGAAUACGAAAGGGCGAGGAAGGGGCAGAUGGCUGCAUACUCCGAGAACACUAGUCACGUACAACAACAGCUUGCGCGUGCGCAGACUGAACCGACACACAGCUCGGCUGUUGACCUAGACAGCACGCCAACAGGCCCGCCUGUCGAUGGGUGGUACGGGCCUAGCAGCCAACAUACUCACCAAGAUGGCGCUGUGCGCGGUAGGCAGGGUGAAGGGAGUGAGCAAAUGCAUGCCACACAGCAGACAACAGAUCCCAGGCGUUUCAACAGGUCUGGCUCGCCUCAAGGACGACAUUUAGCCAGAGUGCCAGAAGCUUUCAGGCCUGUGGAUGCUUCAUUCAAGAGGCCUGUUGAGCCCAUAGGGCCUCCGCCUGAACAUAUGCCUCCAAUGCGAGACUUUGGACCUCCAGCGCGAGCUCCUUCGCAGCAACAAUACGUUCGUGGCAGACAAGACAGAUCUGGCUCGAAUGGCUCACUGCCAAUAAUGGGACGAUCUGAGUAUUACGCAACUGGACAAAGACCAUUCGGAAGCGCGGCGACGAUUACACCAGUGCAGCAGGGAUUGUCGCAAAUCCAAACUCAAGGGCAUGAGCCACGUGAUAGAGUAGUGUCUAUGGGGACAGAGCUUGCAAGAAGUCCGGCCAAGGACUAUCAAGAUCAACAGACUCCUUUUGCUAUCACACUUCCAGCGGAUAGCCAGCCUAGCACACGCGAAGCGUCGUGGUCUGAAGGUCGUCUACCUUCUCCGGUGCAUGCACAGCAACAGCAGCCUCAGCAGUAUUACUAUGCUGAUUCUCCGCCCCCUCGAACGCGGUCUUCGGAAUAUCAAGAACAGUAUCAGGAGCAGAAUCUAGUCUACGCGCGGCCUGACGCUCGCCACGUUUCAGGAAGUGCACUGCCACAGAGACCCAGCUAUGGGGGAGGCGACUUACCAGGACAGGCCUACAGCCACGACCGAGGCGCUUAUCCCUCGCCACCGUACUCGCCCCAGCAACUCCAGAGUCGCUAUCAAGCGCCUCAUCCUCGGCCGCAAGCUUCAUACGACUGGAUGUCCCGUCAAGCUCUCAUUCAAGGUCAAAAUUACUCGCAUCCCGCACAGGCACCAAUGUAUCAGUCUGGUAUCGAAGCUGGCGCGCAGGCGAAUUGGUAUCCUCGUCCCCAGCAGCAGCAACAGCACCACCAACGGGACAGACCAGUCGAGCAACACCGGAGGUAUUAUUCACAAGGUGCACCACCACCGCAACAUUAUCCUCCUCCCCCUCCAAGACCGGGUUAUGGAAUCGGCGGUAUACAACAAAGACAAUUCAUGAGAGGUGAAGAGGGUGGUGUGGAUUACAGGAGAAGAUCCAGUGCAGCAGGAUACAGUGGACGAAGAGACGAUCCUGCUGUGGGUGAAGAUGAGGUGGAUAUGAUUAUGCGAGGGGUCAGUUAUCCUGGUCAGGAGUGGGAUCCUUAUUCGGGAAGAUAUUGAUGAUGAUGACGAUGACUUCUGAAGAGAGGGAGAAAGAAAGAAAGAACAGGGGAGGGGCUAAUGGGAAGAAAGAAAGGUACACGAUUAUGAAUGAUGACGCCUUUUAAUGUCUCUUUCUCUAGUCACUAAAGUAAGGUACAUAAACAGACAUGUGGAUAUUCCGCUUCGGGGAAGGAAAGGGGAAGCGGAGAGAAAAGGGGAGGAUUUUCAACUCUUUGGCGUUCAAGCGACUGACUGAUUUGAUUGAUUUGAUUCAUUGCAUGCAUGCAUUUUCUGGCGCAUGGAAACCUCCUGACUUUUGUAAGGUGGUGGGACACAUAUGAUAUUUCUUCUUCGUCAAUUUUUUAUCUGAAAUUUUGUGUUUGUUUGUUUUUUUUGCACAUUUGACAACAGCGUGAUCAAGAGCAAGCAAGCGAGCAAGCAAGGCAAGCAAGC